AUGAGUUCUGAGGAUCUGUUUAGUAAGGCUCUUGAGAACCCAACGGACUCUUUGGAGGUAAAAUUGCCACAAGAUGAUGUUGAUAUCGGUAUAGUUGAGACCAGUGAUGAGGAAGCACAAGAUAAAAGAUCUUCUGCAGCUUCCUCGUCCUCUGAUGGAAAUAGCGAUAGUGAUAGUGAUGAUAACUCGGACAGCUCGAGCAUUGCUGCGCAAGAUGAGCAGGAGGUCGAUGACGACGAUGAAGAAGCGAGUCCUGAAGGUGCAAUCAAAUCCAAACACGAAAUUGAUGAAGAACCGAUUCCUGGUCUGCCUGACGGGUAUGAGAUCAACUCUAAUGCCAAGAUAUCAGAAAUUGGUGUGAUAAAGUCUGCUUUUGAUAAUAACGUAAUUAUCCACUGCCUUGAGUCAGGUGAAAGAAGAGUAUUGAAGGAGGGAUCUAUCCUUUGUCUUGAGGAUCGUACCUUGAUUGGUACACUGUGUGAAGUGUUUGGUAAGCUAGAGAAUCCGUUUUACAGAGUUACUUUGCCGCCAUCCAGACAGGCGCAGUUUGCUGAGUUGAAGGAGCGGGUCGGUCAAAGGGCUUUCAUCGUGGUGCCUGAAGCGCAUUGGGUUGAUACAUUCGAGCUGAAGAAAAUCAGAGGAACUGAUGCAUCCAAUGGAUACGAUGAGGAGCUGUCUGAGGACGAGCAAGAAUUUUCCGACGAUGAAAAGGAAGCGCUGUACAAGAGGUUGAAGAAAGAACGCAGGAAGAACAAAAACGUUGAUAUCAAGGAUCUUAAAGGCAAAAUUGAAUCCGGUAGCAUUAAAAAACCAAAAGUACAACGCCAACCAAAGCAGUACCCAAAAAUGCAGCCUCCCGUAGGAAUGACACAGCACACUUACCGAUCGAGAAGUUCUCGACAGGACGACACUCUUCGUCAACCUGUUAGCAGUGCACCGCUACAGCAACAGGCAUACUACCCGCAAAUGUCCCAUGCCUCUGCGGUACCAUACCAAGCUCCUAUGUUCGGGCAGCAGGGACCGCCUAUGCAGCAGAGCGGUUACUAUCAUCCGCCAGCACAACCAUUGACCGCUCAGGGCCACCAAUUUUCACCGGUACCGAAUCAGCAUAUUCAGCAAGUUCCACCUCCCACUUACAAUACGCCGUAUGGUUCGUUGCAAUCCCCCCCUUCAUUUUACCAGCAAACACAACAAGUACUUCCAACUCAACCAUACCCUCAGUAUCAGCAGGUACCCUUGCAAGUUGACCACUAUCAUAGUGUUGGAAUCCCAGGCGCUCCACAGCCACAGGCCAAUAUGCAGCAAGUAUUACAGUUACACAGCCUAUUGAUGCAACAGCAACAACUGGAGACAAACCAAAAGCAAAGUCAAAAGAAAGAGUUCAACUAUGAUGAAUGA